AUGAAGUACCUCAGCUACACUCUGCUCCUCCUCCAGGCUCUGCUCCUCCCUGUCCAUGUUGCUUCUAGGAGUAUUCUUGAGAGGAAGAGCCGUUUGUCUUCGGAUCCUCACAGGGAGAUCGCAUGUGACAUCAGCGAGUCUAAGAUCGGGACUCAGCUAAUCUUACACGACAAGGGCGUCCAUGACAGUUCUAUCUUUUACAAGGCUAAGGGUUAUCAGCGAGGAAGCGAGCACACUCUCCUGAGAAGUGUGAUGCUCACUAAGGACGUGGCUGAUUUGCUGAAAGAAGCGAACGAGAAGAAAAUAUGUUCGACGCUAUUGGGUCAUUUCCACCUAGGACUGCACGAACUCAACAUAGAAAUGGCGGAUGCCAAGGCUUCUGGGAGAGCUUUUGGAUGCCCACUACCUGGGAAAUCUGAUGAGAUAACCUGUGUUGUUCACUAUGCUGAGGAUUCCAGUGGUAGACUCCUCACCUACGCCGAGAAAUUAUUCCUCAAAGAGCCCAAGCAUGCACUCGAUGCCGCAAAGACCUCCACGUUCACUGUCGAACUCGAGGACGAAUUCCAUGCGGGCUACCCCGAGGGCUGUACCUCAUUGGGUGCAGCGUCCAUCCGUCGCUGCAGGGAUCUAGGGGUGGCUUAUGCUUACGAUUUGGUUGAUCAGAGAUACGAAAUGCACAAGUCUACGCUAACUAGUAACGACCCCCAUGCUGUAGUGGAGGCCAUCGAUGCGCUUGUUGCCAGCUUGAGUCGUUCCAAAGAGCAACUGAAGGGAUCAUCAAUAGUAGACCAAGGAAAGGAUCUCAUAGAGAACAUUAUAAGGAAUGCUCCGAUGGAGAGCGAGCUUUAUAAGGUUUGGGAGAAGGAGGUGAUGGAGGCCUUCGAUCGGCUACUCAAGAACGACAACACCAACAGAUCGGUUAUCAACGAUGGUUUCCUUAUGAACAUCCCUGGUAUACGCAAGGCAACUGUAGAGCACAUCCUACAGCAUCUGAGUGCCUUCCUAGAGGACAUCCUCCAGCGGAAGGAUCGCCUUACCAAGGACCUCAUACAGGAUCUGAGAGCCAUAUUCCGUCUAGUAGGACGAUAUGGUAGCAGAGGGGAGGGUUUGAAAUUGUCCAUCAUACGUCCUAUCGUGGAUGAUAUCAUAGCGAACACUGAAAAAAUUCCUGAUACCACUGAUGAUAAUAGUAAGGAGAGAGAGGAGAUGCUGAAACCACCUCGAUGCUAUAGAGGCUUCAGUGGUGGUCCUUAUCCUAAGGAGGACUUGGAUAUGAGCUGGUGGACGGAUGCUGAAGUUGCUGUGAUUGAUCGGAUGGUGGGAAAAGAGUUCAGCUUAGAAAGAGAGGAUAGGAAGAGCCUUAGUUACCGUACCAAUGACAGCGCUGUGGUAGAUGCUAAGCAAAAGCGGCAAGACGAUGAUGAUGCCCUCGCCUUGAUGGAAGUUGACUUGAAACUACUAUCAAGGAUGGAUACAGUGGGCGCCGAGUCAGCUAAGGUAUUUCUAAGGCCGGAGCUCCUCACCACUGAUGCUGCUAGGACUGCUCCGUUCUGUCUGGCUAGAGUGGCGUCCACUACAUUGACUGAGGAUCAACUCUUCGACGAUUUCAUAGGAGCUACAUUUCGCAAAUCCUCUGGGACUGCAAUUAAAUUGACAGUACACAAGGAGCUAUGUCACGCUGCUGCAAGGUUCGGCUCUAUCGAUCGUCGGCAGUACUGGUUGAAGUAUCGUCUAUUCACUCGUGAUGGUGCCAGAAAGCAUGUUCAUAAGGAUAUUGUACAGGCCAUAGGAUCAGCAUUUAUACAUAACAUGCUCUGGUGUAGUGAUUGGCAAGUACUGGAAACCUGCAUGGACAUGUCUAAGGAGGUCCCUGAUGCUCUCAGUAAAUACGUAGUUCCUCGGCCCACCGGCUAUCGACUAGACUCGUGCGAUACCACUGAGGCCCGUUGUCGGUACAUUAAAACGGUCCUACUACCAGUGUUUGAGAAUACCAUCGGUGAACAGGAUAUUGCCGACUCUUGCAUCACAGCAUUGGAAGCUUGGUCGGAGGGCAAGCCGGACAUUACAAAGUCUGCGGAGUCUGCUAUCGUUAUCGCGUUGAAGCGUAUUCUAACAGACAAGAAUUCUCCUUAUUCUCUCUUCAGUCGGGCUCUCGACUUGUUUUCCACUUACAUCUUGGAGGGUAGCAACACUGCCUUGACCGCCUAUGUCGAGGCAUUCGAUUCUUUACUGGAGGGAUACUGGAAACCAGCGGUCAACAAGGACGAGCCUAUGAAUCCUGAUGAUGAUGAAGGGCAGAGGCUUGAGGCCCUCAUCAGAAGGUUCCUCCAGACCGUCCGUGCUCCAUUAGAAGUCGAAAACCUGAAGACAACCCUCGGGCAUAUUGCUGAUGCCCUCGAGGGUGUUGUCGGCCUCGGGAGUUUAUGGAGUGAUGCCAGAAUACAGUACAUCCUUGCAGGCCGCUCUCCCAGCGAUCUCAAUGACGUGCUCCCUUCCAUUAAGGACCAUUUGGACACUGUUGAAGGCAAUCGCGAUGACCUAGUGUCCCAAUGUAUCAACACUAUCACCAAGUGGUUGGGCCCUGAGUUCCCGAUACCACAGGUGUCUGCAUUAGCCUCUAACAGUGACUAUCGGCUCAGGCUGCUUGCCGUGCAGUUAUAUAACACUCGAGAUAGCGAUGAACGCUCGGCUGCUAUUACUGCCCUUUGGCGAGGUGGCCUUUGUAGGGACUCCAAGUUGGCAGUUCGUGAGGAAGCCUUUAGGGCUGUUACUCACUUGAGGAUGUUGUUGUGA